AUGAGUUAUUAUAAUAGGAACUCAUCGUCAUCGUCUUCGGUUUUGCCAUCUUCAAGGAAGACGCAUUCAGAAAAACACAAACAAAUCUUGAAGCAAUUAUUGAAAGAGCACGCAAAUAAGACUUGUGUUGAUUGUAAGACAGCCACACAUCCUAGAUGGGCGUCAUGGAGUCUCGGGUGUUUUAUGUGUAUAAGAUGUUCAGGUAUUCACAGAAGCAUGGGCACCCAUAUUUCCAAGGUGAAAUCAGUUGAUUUGGAUGCGUGGACGGACGAGCAGGUUGAACUGAUGAUAAAAUGGGGAAAUGAAAAAUGUAACAUAUACUGGGAAUCGAAGUUGCCGGAUGGAUAUGUUCCAGACCAACUGAAAAUUGAUAAUUUUAUUCGUACCAAGUAUGAUUUGAAGAAAUGGGUUUCGUCGACGACGAUUCCAAAUCCAUUAUCUAUUAAGGCGUCUGGCAGUCAAAAUGCUGGAUUGACUACUGCACAACAUACCAGUGAAUCACAUAAAUCGAAAAAUUCCGAUUUGGGGUCUGCAGAUCUCUUAUCUGGUCAUAGUUCUAAAAUUGAGCCUCACGGAUCAUUAUUGGAUGAUGAUUUUGGCUCUUUCACUUCUUCCCCAUCACCUAAGGCAAGUACUCCAGUAACGUCUACAAGAAACACAACGGCUUUGAAAUCAAAUCAGCAGAGGAGUAACUCGACUACGCAACAGAAAUUGCCGACCGAAAAUACAAGCGAUGGCGCAGGAAUCCAAUCGGCACAAUCUACUGGAGGAUCGUUUUCAAAUACUAGACCAGAUUUAAAAAAGUCCAUUUUGUCAUUAUACUCCUCGCCGAAAUCAUCUAGUUCGAGUUUCAUUCAGCCACAGCAUAAUUCACAAGCUCAGCCUAACAUGCAAGCAUCUGUGAACUCAUUAUCUAAUUCAUUAAGCGGGCUUGAUUUUAAUAAUUCAAAUACAUCAACAAAUUUCAAUGUUUCAUCAAUUCCUUCAAGAACCUCACUGGCUUCUCAAUCAGCUUCUCAACAACCACAUGCUAGACCGGAAGCACAAACCACCAACUGGAAUAACGAAUGGACAGAUGCUAAUGAGUCCACCGCCAGUUUGAAUAAUCAGUGGCCAAAUAGCGGUUCUUCUGGUACCCAUGGAGCUAAGACCACCUCGCUAAACAGUACUAAUUUAGACGAUGAUUUGUUCAAGAACGUUUGGAGUUGA